CUCUUCCGGUUGCAAGUACACGCUGCGCAGUGUGUGGUGACUGACAGGUCCUCAUCGGAACCGGUGCGGGGCUCGCUGGAGGAGUGAAGUGCAGUGAGAAAGCAAUUCGGGAUCCAUGGCUUCCAGACGCAUGAACCUCACCAAUAUCUGCUUUCUGCUGCUGUAUGUCGCCGCGGCUGUGCUAGCGGGGCGUGAUUUCUACCAGAUUUUGGGGGUUUCAAGAUCAGCUUCCAUCAAGGACAUUAAAAAGGCUUACAGGAAACUUGCAAUGCAGUUACACCCCGACAGAAACCCCGACGACCCCAAAGCGCAGGACAAAUUCCAAGACCUCGGGGCCGCCUACGAGGUGCUGUCUGACGAGGAGAAGAGGAAGCAGUAUGAUGCGUACGGGGAGGAGGGGUUGAAGGAGGGGCACCACAGCUCCCAUGGGGAUAUCUUCUCCAGUUUCUUUGGAGACUUUGGGUUCAUGUUCGGUGGUAACCCGCGGCAACAGGACAGGAACAUCCCUAGAGGAAAUGACAUCAUAGUCGAUCUAGAGGUCACCCUGGAAGAAGUGUAUUCUGGUAAUUUUGUGGAAGUGGUUCGGAAUAAGCCUGUCGCAAAAGAGGCCCCAGGAAAAAGGAAAUGCAACUGCCGACAGGAAAUGAGGACAACGCAGCUGGGGCCUGGCCGCUUCCAAAUGACCCAGGAAGUGGUUUGCGACGAGUGUCCCAAUGUCAGGCUAGUGAACGAGGAGCGCACUCUGGAGGUGGAGAUUGAGCAAGGGGUCCGAGACGAGAUGGAGUACCCCUUCAUUGGGGAAGGUGAACCACACAUAGAUGGGGAGCCAGGAGACCUGAGGUUCAAGAUUAAAGUGAUGAAGCACCCCGUUUUCGAGCGGAGGGGAGAUGAUCUCUACACGAAUGUGACAAUCUCGCUGGAGGAGGCUUUGGUGGGAUUCGAAAUGGACAUCACACACCUGGACGGACACAAGGUGCACAUCAUCCGGGACAAGAUCACAAAGCCAGGCGCUAAGCUGUGGAAGAAAGGAGAGGGCCUGCCCAACUUUGACAACAACAACAUCCGCGGCUCACUGAUCAUCAGCUUUGACGUGGAGUUCCCACGAGAGCAGCUCUCCGAGCAGCAGAGGAAGGGUAUCCGAGAGCUGCUGAAACAGGCAUCGAUACAGAAGGUUUACAACGGGCUGCAAGGCUACUGACCCCAAGCAAAAGGGACUUUAUAGAACAUAAAAAAACAUGCAUUCUGGGGUUGUAUUUAUUAUCAUCAAUCUGUGUAUUUUUUUAUUUGUUUUGUUUUUUAAAAGUUUUGAAAGUUUUUUGAGAAA